UUGACUGAUUGAUUGAUCCUAUAAUAUUCAUAUGAUUGUUUUUUUUUGGCUGGAUGGAUUAUUUAAUCAUAUGACUAAAUAGUGGUGGAACAAAAAAUUUUCAUCAGAAAAACAAGCCAUUCAAUAAUCAGAAAUAGGGAGAGAGAUUGAAAACAAUACACACUGUGUUUAUUUGUCUAUUUGGGCCUUAUAUUUUUUUAAGAUAACUAAAAAAUCAAGCGUUUUUUUAAAUAGAAAAAAAAACAAAACGAAAAUACUUUACAUAGGAUGUUAAUCAUCGGAUAAUUUUUUUUUCAAUUUUUGAUUUAAAAACAAAACAAAACAAAAAAAGACAAACGAUAAUCGUUCAAACUAAAUUUCUUUUUCAAUUAUGGCACAAUCAAUCAAUUGUAGUCUUGAUGACAUCGAUCUUAAUAGCUUAAAAGAUCCUGCCGGUAUUUUUGAUCUAAUCGAAGUUGUCGGUAACGGUACAUAUGGCCAAGUUUAUAAAGGUCGUCAUACAAAAACAGGCCAAUUGGCUGCCAUCAAAAUUAUGGAUGUAACUGAAGAUGAAGAGGAUGAAAUCAAAUUGGAGAUAAAUGUUUUGAAAAAGUUUUCUCAUCAUCGAAAUAUUGCCACUUAUUAUGGAGCUUUUAUUCAUAAAAGUCCUGAAGCUAAAGAUGAUAAAUUAUGGCUUGUUAUGGAAUAUUGUGGUGCAGGUUCGGUAACCGAUCUGGUUAAAUCAACAAAAGGACAUUCAUUAAAAGAGGAUUGGAUUUCCUAUAUUUGUCGUGAAAUAUUAAGAGGAUUAAAUCAUUUACAUCAGAACAAAAUUAUUCAUCGUGAUAUAAAAGGCCAGAAUGUUUUGCUUACCGAUGAUGCUGAAGUCAAACUAGUCGAUUUUGGUGUCAGUGCUCAAUUGGAUCGAACAAUUGGCCGUCGUAAUACAUUCAUCGGUACGCCAUAUUGGAUGGCUCCUGAAGUCAUUGCUUGUGAUGAAAAUCCCGAAGCUACUUAUGAUAAUCGUAGUGAUCUUUGGUCGCUCGGUAUUACCGCCAUCGAAAUGGCUGAAAAUACUCCGCCACUUUGUGAUUUACACCCAAUGAGGGCUUUAUUUUUGAUACCAAGAAAUCCACCGCCACGAUUGAAAUCUAAAAAAUGGUCCCAAAAGUUUCAAAAAUUUAUCGAAACAGUUUUGGUCAAAGAUUACACUAAAAGACCAUUUACUGACCAAUUACUAAAAAAUUCAUUUAUUAGAGAUCAACCAAACGAACGGCAAGUCCGAAAUCAAAUCAAAGAACAUAUAGAUAAAUGUAAGAAAUUAAAACGCAAUGAUUUCGAAGACCGUUACGCAGCCAGUGAUGAUGACGAAGAAGAAUCAAAUCUACCACCUGCCAUGAUGAUGGAUUUGCGCGAUCAUUUAAAUCAACAAGAAUCGACCUUGAAAAAAAAUGAAAAGAAUCCUGUCUCACCAAAUAUGGGACGAAAUGGACAUCCUCCACAUCUUCAACAACAACAAGCCGGACCUUCUCAUAAAUCACCCGAAAAAUUUCAUCACCCCCCACCACCGAUUUCAUCACAUAUGGCAAAUCGACCUUUACCGGCACCUCCUACUCGAGCUGUUCCGCCACCUGAAAUGCCUCCAUCAAAGCCUUUGCCGCCAUUACCAGUUGAAAAUGAUAAUAAGAAAAAAGUGAAUGGUAAAAAUAUUGAACAUCAGCUACAAUCUUCGAAUCUAUCAAAUGCUCAACAUCCGCACAUUACUAAUCAAGCUAACCGAAAUUCUGGCUAUUUCAAAGCUCAAUUCCAAAAGCCAGAAGAUCUUGAAGUGUUGGCUGCUCAACUUAACGAAAUGGGAAACUCUGGAAAUAAUGUGAAUAGAAAUGGACAAAAAGCCAAGAAAACUGUCAACAAUAGUAAUGAUAAUAAUGGCCAUCCAAAAGGACAGAAAUUGAUUAGCAGAGAUAGCAACGGAUCACCACAAAAUGGUUUUGUAUCAAAUUUCAAGCAACCAAUGAUCGCAUCAAAUCGACCUUCAGGUCCAAUAAUAGUCAAUUCAGGUUCGGAGGAUGAAGAGGAUGAUGAUGAUGACGACGACGAUGAUGAUGACGAGGAGGAUGAUGUUGGUCCGAAUGGUUUGGUUCGUCGAAAUGAUGGAACAUUAUUGGCGUCCGAUCCACCGCGUCCUUUACCGGAACCAAGUAAUCUUCGCAAUAUUCAACCAUCAAGUCAACCACCAAACAGACCGUUGCCUCCACCACCACCGGGUGAUUGUUAUCCACCAUCAAAACCAUUGCCUCCAUUGCCAAAAAAUAGUUCCCAAGAAGAUGAUGAUAGUUCAUCUAAUGAUCAAACACUUGUAUUAAGAAAGAAACAAAUGAUGAAUAAUGUUAGUAUUGAAACUAAUUCAACUGAACAACAUUCACCUAAAAAUAAUAAUCGCAAUGAAUCAUCAUCUUCAAACCAAAGCUCACGACAAAGUGGUGUCAUACCGGAUCUAUUACCUCAGGAUGAUUCAAAUCGAUCAGGUGAUUUAUCACAUUUACAACGCCAAUCUGUUUUAUCACAACAGAUGCAACAAAAACAACGUUCAUUUUUAACGUUCGGUUUUGGUGCCGGUACAAACAACAACAACAAUAAUAACAAUAUGGUCCUUGAACCUGUAUCUAGUCCAUCACCUCGUCGAGAAUCACAAGUAAACGUCAAUGUUUCACCAUCAGUACAACCGGAUACUCCGGAAAUCAGAAAAUAUAAAAAACGUUUUAAUUCCGAAGUGCUUUGCGCUGCCCUUUGGGGUGUUAAUCUUUUGAUUGGUACAGAAAAUGGUCUAAUGUUAUUAGAUCGUAGUGGUCAAGGCAAAGUGUAUCAUCUUAUAUCGAGGAGACGAUUUCAACAGAUGGAAGUGUUAGAAGGUCAAAAUAUUUUGGUUACCAUUUCGGGUAAAAAAUCUCGUGUUCGUGUCUAUCAUUUGUCGUGGCUUAAAAGUAAAAUUAUUCGUACUGAUCAGCAGAUCGAGAAAAAGAAUGGCUGGAUCAAUGUUGGUGAAUUGGAUGGUGCUGUUCAUUUUAAAAUUGUUGGUUGGCAGAUACCACAACAUGUAUCAAAAGAUUGGGAGAAUACUUUUCGAAUUUGGAGUGGAAAUGUCAAAUAUGAUCGUAUCAAAUUUUUGGUAAUUGCCUUGAAAGACAGUAUUGAAAUCUAUGCAUGGGCACCAAAACCUUAUCAUAAAUUUAUGUCAUUCAAAUCAUUUCUGGAUCUUGCCCAUAAACCAUUACUAGUCGAUAUGACUAUCGAAGAAGGUAUUCGAUUGAAAGUCAUUUAUGGUUCAUUGGAAGGAUUUCAUGCAAUCGAAUUGGAUAGUGGAGCAGUUUAUGAUAUCUAUAUACCAAAUCAUAGCCAAGGACCAAUUACUCCACACACCAUCAUUACUUUGCCAAAUUCAAAAGGAAUGCAAUUGUUGCUAUGUUAUGACAAUGAAGGUGUCUAUGUAAAUACAUUUGGUAAAGUAAGCAAAAAUAUCUAUUUGCAAUGGGGUGAGAUGCCAACAUCGGUUGCCUAUAUUGGUACUGGCCAGAUAAUGGGCUGGGGUAACAAAGCGAUUGAAAUUCGUGGUGUUGAAACUGGACAUUUGGAUGGUGUUUUUAUGCAUAAAAAAGCUCAAAAAUUGAAAUUUCUUUGCGAACGUAAUGAUAAGGUUUUCUUUUCAUCAUCAAAAGGUGGUUCUUGUCAGAUUUAUUUUAUGACAUUGAAUAAACCUGGUCUUGCCAAUUGGUAAAUCAAUAAGCUGUUUUUGUCUAUGUGAAAAAUGAUUUAAUCGAAUGAAUUAAUGGCUGAACAUCGAAAAUUUUCUCAAACGAAACAAAACCAAUAAACAAUUCUAGGAUUCUAAUUUUUUUUCUAUAAAUCAAAUUUUAAAUACAAUUUUCUUAAGAAAAAACAAAAAUAUUAAUGCAAAAUUGAUUUUUUUUUUUGCAAUAAUCAAACAAAACACACACAAGUAUUGAUAAAAGAAUUUUUUAUUAUUCUUAUGUAAUAAGCAAUUGAUAUUUCAGUAAUAAAAUGAUACCAAAAUC